CCAGCAGCACCAGCCGCACCCCAGAAAAUAGUAAAGCAACGCAACAAAUAUGCAGGCGAUUAAGUGUGUCGUUGUGGGCGAUGGAGCCGUGGGUAAGACCUGCCUGCUGAUCAGCUACACGACAAAUGCGUUUCCCGGCGAGUACAUACCCACCGUGUUCGACAACUACUCGGCCAAUGUGAUGGUCGAUGCCAAGCCCAUUAACUUGGGACUGUGGGAUACGGCCGGGCAGGAGGACUACGAUCGCCUGCGGCCACUGUCCUAUCCACAGACAGAUGUCUUCCUCAUUUGCUUCUCGCUGGUGAACCCGGCCUCGUUCGAGAACGUGCGCGCCAAGUGGUAUCCGGAGGUGCGGCACCACUGCCCCAGCACACCCAUCAUACUGGUUGGCACCAAGUUGGAUUUGCGCGACGACAAGAACACCAUCGAGAAGCUGCGCGACAAGAAGCUGGCACCCAUCACCUAUCCCCAGGGCCUGGCCAUGGCCAAGGAGAUUGGCGCCGUCAAAUAUCUAGAGUGCUCGGCGCUCACGCAAAAGGGACUGAAGACGGUGUUCGAUGAGGCUAUCAGAUCUGUGCUCUGCCCAGUGCUGCAGCCCAAGUCAAAGCGCAAGUGUGCCCUGCUCUAAAAGAAGGAUGCUGGCAAAAGCAGGAGAGAUGGAUGAGGAGGAGGAGCAGCCCAGAGCAAGUGAAGAGCAACAACACCCACGAAGCAUUACACACACCCACACACACACACUUCUCUCUAAACGUAAUAUUAUUAACGCUAAAACAAUUAUGUAACUGAGGCAAUGGCCAUUGGUCCAUUAUUGUCCUUCAUUGCUACACUUUUGCCACUAAUUUUUGGGGGAACGUUCCCAAAGACGUUCCCAGCCACAACUUCUUGCUUCUGUUUCAAUAUCGUUUCCGUGUUCGUUUCUGUUUCCGUUUCCGUGUUUGUUCUACAUAUAAUUCAAAUCUAUAAAAUUCUGUUUGUUUUCUAUUGGUAAUUUUCUCCAUGUGCAUUAAAUCAAACUAAAAGUUGUCGCCAGAUGCGAGAGAGAUUUCUUAACGAGAAAAAAAACCAAUGAGGAAAUUCUGUAACUGUAAACUCGUCGUAACUGUAUUUUGUAUUAUUUAAUACCCUUUUGUAAUUAAAAUUAAUGUUGUAAAACUGAGGUAAAACCAAAAAAAAAAAAAACAAAACAUAAAAAAGGAGAGAAUAGCAAAGGAGAUUGGAGGAGGACGAGUAUAGCCGCAUAAAGAGCAUAAAGAAUAGAGUUUGCCUGUUGAUUGUCGAUCCACCGGGGGCCAUAUCUUCGGGGAUCAGGAUAGAGUAGGAUAUUGAGAGUCAGUAAAGUAAAACGUUCCAUUGCAAUUACACUUACAUUAUUACAUACAUAUUUGUAUUUAGAUGUUGUUGGAAAGAAAUGAUUGAGUGGGAGAGGCAGGCAACAAGAGUGGUAACAACUUUUUAAACUUUUGCUAGAUCCAGGAACUAUCAAUAUAUAUAUACACACAAUAUUAUAAAUGUAUGUAUAAGAUGAGAAAGUCCUUCGUAUACUAUGUACUGAAAUUAAAAUCAUCAUCAAAAAAACUGAGCAACUUUGAAUACUUUGUACUUUCAAAAACCACAACAAAAUAUUCAACAA